GUACAGCUGCUGGACGUUUUUUAACUGCUGGUUUAUAUAUAUUAAGUUUGAUAUUAGUUGCAUCAUAUACUGCUAAUUUAGCAUCUGAUUUGAUAAUAGCUAACUCACAAGGUAUUAUUUCUGGAAUUGAUGAUAUUAAAAAUGGAAAAAUUCCGCCUAAUCGUAUUGGUAUUCGUGUAGGUACAGCUAGUGAAGAGUAUUAUUUAUCAGAAAUAUCUAAAGGAAAUAAAAAUUACCAUCCGUUACUCACUCAACAACAAAUGUAUAAUGAUCUACUCGCAGGUACUAUUGAUGUAUCGUUUUUGGAUGACGGAAUUGCUCAAUAUAUGACCAAUAAUAUUUAUUGUAAUUUAACUUUAGUUGGAGAUGGUUUUGAUGUUGGCAUUUUUGGUAUUGUUACUCCUAGACAAUGGUUAUUUGCACAAGAUUUAGAUGUUAAUAUAUUAUCAUUAAGAGAAACAGGUGACCUUGAGAAUUUAAGACAAAAAUGGUUUGAACAAAAAUUUUGUUCUGAUUCAACUGUAACAUCGACUGCAAUUGAAAUUGAGGCAGUAAGUGGAUUAUUCGUUACAUUUGCAGUAAUUAGUGUUUUAUCAUUAUUAUUAUUUUUAUGCAUGAAAAGAUUUAUUAUUAAAGAUUAUUUAUCGAAAUGCAUAUGUCCAAAUAAAUCUUCAACUGAACAAAAAUACUCUAUUAAUAGACGAGGAAGCAAAACUUCUCAACAUUCGCAAAAUAAUCAAACAGUGUUACCCAAUUUUUCAAAUCUUUAA